UUCAUGAAAAAUAUCAAGAACUCGAAACGUUUUGAGCAUACUGUAAAUGACGCGAACGCAAACGCAAGAAUUAAAAAAAAAAUCGCACUAGGCAAAUCAAUCAUGGCGACAGCGUGUGCUAUGCUUUGGUGAAUGAAAUAGUAAAUUGACAAUAUCGGAAGGAAAUCUUUUCGCCUGAUUCUAACCAUGGGAUCACAUGCGAAAUUUGUUUCCGAUUACUGUAAAACUUGGGACAAAUCCGGAAAGGAGCAAUUUGUGAAACAUGUGACUCAAUUUAUCAAAGAUGACGAAAGAAGUCCACUAUUUACAAAGUCAGGUAAAGUUUCUGGAUUAUCUCAGACAAUAUAUGACUUAUUGCUCAGCGGUCUUCGAGGGAAUCUUAAGAAAGAAGCUGUUCUCUCUGCCCUUAAGGAGAUAUCUGUAUUGCAUGCAGAUAUCCCAUCAAUAAUACUAGAUGUAGUCAGUGUGCUGGAUGCAGAGACCUGCACAGAUGUGCAAAGUGAAGAGCGCGCUAAUUUCUGCCACAUUAUUAGGGAAUUAGAGCCAUUCAUAUCAGAUAAACUCCUAAAAGAGAGGUUGGAAAUUGACACCCUACAAGAUGCUGGCACUCUGAAAAAUAAACUCUUUUAUACUAAGUUUAUAAAAAUCAAGACUAAGUUGUAUUAUAAACAACGUAAGUUUAAUUUAUUUAGGGAAGAAAGUGAAGGAUACGCUAAGUUAAUUGUUGAAUUAAAUCAGGAAAUAAUUGAGAAGACAGAAUGGAAGAAUUUAUUAGAAAUCAUUCAGUCACUAAUAGGUUGUUUCAACUUGGACCCCAACAGGGCACUAGAUAUAAUUUUAGAAUCUUUUGAGGCAAGAACACAUUCAGAUCAAUUAUUUAUACCACUAAUAAAGAACUACAUGGGUGACCCCCAAGUCAUUUCUGAGGUUUUGGGCUUUAAGCUUGGAAACAUGGAAGUACUUGAAAAUUAUAAAGAACCACCACCACUGAUGACUGUAAUAGCUUUGCUUUUGCAACAUCAGGUCAUAUCUCUUGAUGACAUAUAUCCAUGGUUACGUCCUGAUGACUCCAUAAUGGCCAAAGAAGCAGAAAAAGAAUUGAAAACUGUACAGGACUACAUUCGUAAAUUAAGCAUUGUGUCAACUAAGGGACCUCAACCCAAUGGGCCAACAGAAUAUGUUGAAGCCACAGCUGAUCCUCAGGAAUAUUGGGGUAAUCAGAAGUUGGUGCUAUGUGAAGCUUUGCUAAAGGUGACUGCUUGGCGUGAAUUCGCGGCCCUAUCCGCUCGCUUGCCGACCAACAUCAUGCCUCAGCGUCCUGCCGUGGCCUUAUGUAACAUGCUUCACGCUCUCGUUGAGCCUAUAUACAGAUCUAAUUGUCGAGUUGCUCCAAAAAUAAUAGGCAAACCUAUCCCACCUCUUAAGUCAAGCCUGGCACCCCCAGCUUGCAAGACAUUCGAAGACAUGAAAGAGACUGUCAUUCCAGCUUUGAUCCUGCUAGGACCAUCUCUUCAUUAUGAUCCUAUUUUAAUGUACAAAAUAAUUCGUAUCCUAAGAACUGCGCGGUCUAUGAAAGAGGAUCCAUUACAUCAUGAAGCGCUUACAGUUUUGGAUGCCGCCAUAUUGCCAGCUUUGACUUUGAUGGAUGGUAACUGUUGUAUGGCUGAAGAAGUCUAUACCUUGUUGAAGUUAUACCCGUAUCAAUGCAGGUAUUGCCUAUACUCACGCUGGAAAAACGAAGCUGCCGAAAGAAUACCCUCUCUGAUGCGUGUGCGGGGUAACUCCUUGCAGAGAAUAAAGCACAUAAUGAAACGUGUUUCCAAAGAAAAUAUAAAACCUCAGGGUCGUCUGAUUGGAAAACUGUCGCAUGCUGCUCCUACUUUAAUUUUUGACUAUAUGCUGCUACAGAUCCAAACAUACGACAACCUGAUCGGGCCGGUGGUGGAGUCGCUGAAGUACCUGACGUCGCUGUCGCUGGACGUGCUGGGCUACUGCCUGCUGGAGGCGCUGUGCGGGGGCCGCGCGGGCGGCGGCGCGGCGCACCCCGCGUGGCUGCAGGCGCUGGCGGCCUUCGCCGGCGCCGCCUUCAAGAAGCACAACAUCGAGCUCACGGCCUUGCUGCAGUUCGUUGCUAACAGGCUUAAGGCGCAGCAGAGUCAAGACCUGCUGAUCCUCAAAGAGAUUGUUCAGAAGAUGGCCGGUAUAGAGGCCGCUGAAGAAAUGACACCCGAACAGUUGGAGGCAAUGGCUGGAGGCGAACUCUUGAAAGGCGAGGCUGGAUACUUUUCUCAAGUGAGGAACACGAAACGAUCGUCAGCCAGAUUAAAAGAAGCUAUCGUCGGGAAUAAUUUGGACAUUUCGUUGUGUAUACUAGCUGCACAACAGCGUCAUUGUUGUGUUUGGAAAGAAUACGACGAAGACCUUUCCUCAAGUGGUGAGCCACCAGGGUCACAGCUAAAAGUUGUCGGCAGAUUAGCCGAUCAAUGUCAAGAUGCUUUAGUACAACUUGGUACCUUUUUGGCAUCAUCUCAUGCCCCUGAUGAAUAUGCCGCGAGAUUACCGCCCCUGCAGGAAUUACUUCGAGAUUAUCAUGUGGAUGCAGAUGUAGCAUUUUUCCUGCACCGUCCUGUAUUGGCUCAAAAAAUUGCCGCCAGAGUUGAAGCUCUACGGAAACAAUCAGAUAGCAAGACGGAGUCUUCAGAGAAAAGUAUUGAAAGAUACACUCAGGCUGCACAGGAGGCACUAGAACCUAUUGUUCUGUCCGUAACUCCUAUAUUACCCAAUAAGGUUUGGGAGGAUAUUUCUCCCGAAUUUUAUGUGACAUUUUGGUCACUGUCAAUGUAUGACCUUCGGGUUCCGGAGGAAAGUUACGAUAGAGAAAUCGGUCGUCUCAAAAUUGCGGCGGCCAAUGCAACCAAGGACUCGUCCCAAGGUACAAAGGGAAAGAAGGAACAGGAGCGAUUCAACGCGCUUAUUGACAAACUCCAGGAGGAGCGUCGGCGGCAGCAGGAGCACGUGCGGCGCGUGGUGGCGCGGCUGGCGCGGGAGUGCGGCGGCUGGUUCCCCGCGCGCGCCGCCAAGUCCGCCAAGAACGAGACCGUCACGCGCCUCAUGCAGCUGUGCCUGUUCCCGCGCUGCGUGUUCACGGCGGCCGACGCGCUCUACUGCGCCGAGUUCGUGCACACCGUGCACUCGCUGCGGACGCCCAACUUCUCCACGCUGCUGUGCUACGAUAGACUAUUCUGCGAUAUCACAUACUCGGUGAUGUCAUGCACGGAAGGCGAGGCGGCGCGGUACGGCACGUUCCUCUGCAAGGUGCUGGGCACGGCGAUGCGCUGGCACGGCGACAAGGAUACGUUCCACCGCGAGUGUGCUCACUACCCCGGCUUCGUCACCAAGUACCGCGUCUCCAACCAGUUCACUGAGGCCAAUGAUCACGUCGGAUACGAGAAUUAUAGACACGUUUGCCACAAGUGGCAUUACAAGAUCACUAAAGCCAUGGUUGUAUGUCUGGACUCGGGUGAUUACGUGCAGAUACGAAACGCACUUAUUGUGCUUAUAAGAGUCUUACCGCACUUCCCCGUGCUGGCCAAACUGGCUCAAAUCAUCGAACGAAAAAUCGACAAAGUCAAAGAAGAGGAAAAGACGCAGCGGCAAGAUCUAUAUGUGCUAGCAACGGGUUACAGUGGCCAGUUGCGGCAUAAAGGACCUAACAUGAUGCGGGAAAGUGAUUUUCAUCAGUGCGUGGUGCCGCAGGUGGGCGACAAGCACAAGCUGCCGAGCGCCGCGCCGCCCGCCGCCAAGGACGAGCCCGUCGCCGCCAAGCCCGACCAGGACACUGCCGCCUCGCCGCCGCAGCCACUCGAUGCUGAAAAAAAAGAGUCUAGGUCCAGUGACAGACGUCGAGAAGACCCUGAGCGGGAAAAGGAGUCAAAACGGGAGUCACGAUCAUCUCUUAAGGAAAGGGGCAAAGAAGAAAUCAGAAGCAAAGAUAGAUCUCCACGGGAACGCUCUCAUAGGGAGGAACGUUAUCUGGAAACAAUAUCACCGCCACAUGAUCAUCGCAGUGCUCCCGAUGAUAUAGAACGAGAUGUGAAACGUCGUAAAGUAGAGAACAGCGGCAAUGGCAAGCAGGGUAGCAAAGAGAUAGAAGAACGUUCUCCAGAGAAGGAAAAACGAAAGGCCAAAUUAAGGGGUGAUGAACGCAAAGAACGUAAGAUGAAUCGCAAAAGGGAUAGAGCAGAGGAAUCCGUGAUUUUGGAGCAAAAACGGCGGCGUGAUGAACAGAAAGCAGUCAUCAAAAUGGGAAGCCAUCAAAAUGGUUCUCAAGAAGAUCAUCACUACGAGAAAUACCAUAAAAGGGAGAAAUCACCCUUCCGAGAUCGUUCACACGAAGAACCAAGAGAUAAUAAACAUAGACGAUCGAAUGAAUCAAAAAUAAGAAGAUAAAUACCGACGCAAACAAAAGGAUUGAAGAUGAGAAUAAAAUUGUGGUACGAUUUCAUUAAGAAUAAAAUGUUAAACAAC